AUGAUUGACUCAAAGGCGCUAAUAUUUAAAGUACUAAUAAUUGGUAGUCUUGGGGUCGGUAAACAAACUUUGCUGAACAUUCUUCUACAUGAUACCAAUGAAAUAUUCAACAAGGCUGAAACUAAUAAAGAGAAUAUUGUACAUACAUCUGAUGUAAAAAUUAUACUAUAUCAACGGAAACUAGACGACAUAAAUUAUUUAAUUCAAUUUAUGAAACCUCCAAAUCUAGAUUCGAGUCAAAUAAUUCUUCACAGUUUCUCUGAGAAAUCUGAUGGAAUCAUACUUAUUUUCGAUAUAUGGACACAAGAAACACUAGAAGAAAUACAGAAAUUUUAUUUAUUCAAUGAAAGUCAAAUAAAAACUAUUCGUAAACCCAUAUACAUGCUAUUGGGUAAUAAAUGUGACCUAGAUGAAAAUGAUUUGAAUCAAAAACGUUCCAAGAUACCCAAGAAACAGAUUACUGACUUCACUAAUAAUAACUUUACUAGAUUAAGUGAAGUAAUAACACUAGCAUAUUUCGGCUUUAAAUUUAUACACGAGCGCUAG